AUGGGUUCUCAUCAUGAUCAGAAAAAACAGAGUGGUAGCAGCAGCAGCAGCAGCUUGAUGGAGGAAGAUCAUGGUGACGAUGGGAAAAUAAGGAAGAUCAAGAACAGGGGAAGCUUGGAAGAUGAAGAUCAUGGAGAUUCAGAGCGACGAAGACCACAAGGAGAGGGAGAAGAGGGUGAAGAUCUUGGUGAGAGCUCGUCCAUUUCACUGUCGGGGCUGUCGAAGAUUGUUCUUCCACCACUUGGUGCUUCAGGUCAAAUUUACCAGAACCCUCAGGUUUCCAGAGGAUGGAUCAUUUCUCCCAUGAAUUCCAGAUACAGGUGUUGGGAGACAUUCAUGGUGUUGCUGGUCGCGUACGUCGCCUGGGUCUAUCCAUUCGAAAUCGCGUUCCUGAAAUCGGCCCCAGCUCCCAGCAAACGGCUCUACGUCGCCGACACGGUGGUUGACCUUUUCUUCGCCGUUGAUAUCGUCUUGACUUUCUUCCUCGCCUACUUCGACUCCCGGACCCAGCUCCUCGUUCGCGAUCCUCGUAAGAUCGCCACCAGGUAUCUGUCGACGUGGUUCAUAAUGGACGUGGCAUCCACGAUUCCUUUCGACUCAUUGGGGUAUUUAUUCACUGGGAAACCCCAAUUGGGCAUUUCUUAUUCUCUUUUGGGAUUGCUCAGAUUCUGGCGACUCAGACGAGUCAAGCAGUUCUUCACUCGGCUGGAAAAGGACAUCAGGUUCAGCUACUUCUGGGUUCGAUGCGCGAGACUGUUGGCAGUGACGCUCUUCCUGGUUCAUUCUGCUGGCUGCCUCUACUACCUGCUAGCAGACCUCUACCCGCAUCAAGGGAAGACAUGGGUUGGAUCGUUGAUCCCAAAUUUCAGGGAGACGAGCGUCUGGGUGAGAUACAUUGCCGCCAUGUACUGGUCCAUCACCACCAUGACCACGGUCGGCUAUGGAGAUCUGCACGCAGUCAACACCAUGGAGAUGAUCUUCAUCAUUCUCUACAUGCUCUUCAACCUCGGCCUCACUGCCUACAUCAUCGGCAACAUGACCAAUCUCGUCGUCGAAGGAACCCGCCGCACCAUGGAAUUCAGGAAUAGCAUUGAGGCGGCAUCGAAUUUCGUGAGCAGGAAUCGGCUGCCACCGAGGUUGAAGGAGCAGAUAUUGGCUUACAUGUGCUUGAAGUUUAAAGCGGAGAGCUUGAACCAGCACCAGCUGAUGGAACAGUUGCCCAAAUCGAUUUGUAAGAGUAUCUGCCAGAGGCUGUUCUUGCCCACUGCUGAGAGAGUGUAUCUGUUCAAGGGUGUUUCCAGAGAGAUUCUCUUGCACUUGGUGGCAAAGAUGAAAGCUGAGUAUAUACCACCAAGGGAAGAUGUGAUCAUGCAGAACGAAGCCCCCGACGAUUUGUACAUAAUUGUGUCAGGAGAAGUGGAGAUAAUCGAUUGCGAUCUGGAUAAGGAGGUGGUUGUUGGGAGUUUGCAAUGUGGAGAAAUGUUUGGAGAAGUUGGAGCUCUUUGUUGCAGGCCUCAGAGCUUCACUUUUCGGGCGAGGACUAUUACGCAGCUUUUGAGGCUCAAGACUAGUGCUCUUAUCGAAGCAAUGCACUCCAGGCAGGACGAUUAUGUGGCCAUUAUCAAGAACUUUCUCCAGCAUCAUAGGAAGAUUAGAGAUUUGAAGAUUGGAGAUUUUCUGUUUGAGGGUGGAGAAGAAGAGGUUGAUAGGAACAUGGAUUUCAAUAUGUUGAGUGUAGCGAGCACUGGCAAUGCUGCCUUCCUCGAAGAGCUUCUCAAGGCAAGGUUUGAUCCUGAUAUUGGCGACUCCAAAGGCAGAACUCCUUUGCACAUUGCAGCAUCAAAAGGGCAUGAAGAAUGUGUCUUGGUACUUCUAAGGCAUGGAUGCAACAUUCACUUGAGAGAUAUCAAUGGCAAUACAGCUCUCUGGGAAGCUCUAUCAUCAAAACACUCUUCCAUCUUCAGGAUAUUGUACCAAUUUGCCAUCAUGUCAGACCCAAACACCUCAGGGGACCUCUUAUGCACCGCAGCAAGGAGAAAUGAUGUCGCCAUGAUGAAGGAGCUGCUGAAGCAAGGACUAAAUGUCGACUCCAAGGACCGCCAGGGGAGAUCAGCAGCACAAAUAGCUGUGGCUGAAAACCAUACUGACAUGGUGGAUUUGCUCGUGAUGAAUGGUGCUGAUGUGUCUAACGAGUCCUCACCGAACAACACUAUAAAAUCCUCUUCAGAGAGUGCAGAUGGAAUGCUGCAAAAUCGAGAGUCGGGUCACAGAAUCACAGAUAUAGAUGGUCAGCAAGAAAAGCUGAUCAGGAAGCAUCAUGGAAAAAGAGACAAUCGGUCGAACUCGCAGCGAGAAAUCCGUGCUUCUGGUUGUGCAAGAGUGAGCAUAUAUAGAGGCCAUCCUGUUGCGAGGAAAGAAAAGGGUUGCAGGGAGCCUGGAAGGUUGAUUGGACUUCCAAGUUCAUUAGAGAAGCUUAAAACCAUUGCAGGGGAAAAAUUCGGAUUUGAUGCAAGAAAUGCUGCAGUAACAAAUGAUGAAGGCUCUGAAAUUGACUGUAUUGAAGUGAUUAGAGAUAAUGACAAGAUUUUCAUAGUUGAAGAUUCAAGCUGCUGUGGUUGA